AUGUCAGAAUUGGUCAUUGGCUUGACUAAAUUUACCAUUUUUCCCCUAAAAGAUACUUUGCUCUCCCACAGAACCAGCUUGAUAACGCCAGCUUUUGGGGUAGUUUUGGAAGAUGAGAAAUUACAGUAUUUCUGCAUAAUCCAGAACUGCCACGGUGUAUGUGGAGCUGAGCGACUGGGUUUGUUUCCAUCCCACCCUGAGCCAGUGCCAGGUCUCCAGAGAGAGCCCAAUCCCUGUCCUGUAAUAACUGUAGAGCACUUUAAAGACUCAACCGGUAUUAAAGGCCUUCCCCUGUAUCCAGACCCCUCGAGAGUACCUGGCACGAAAACGCAGAACAAUUUAGAAUCUGACUACUUGGCCCGAGAUGGCCCUUCAAGCAACAGUUCAUUCCACAGCAGUGAAGAGGAAGGGACUGAUCUCGAGGGGGACAUGCUGGACUGCAGUGGGUCUCGACCACUCCUCAUGGAGUCUGAAGAAGAGGAUGAGAGCUGCAAGCCUCCACAGGGGAAGCUGGGAGGAGCUAUUCCGUUCGCUCAGCCAGAGGUCUCUACUGAGCAAGCAAAGGCAGGUCAGGGUGGCAGAAAGAACCAGUUCCAAGCCCUCCCACAACCAACCACGGACGGUCUCGGGGAGCCGGAUGUUUUUGCCACAGCCCCCUUCAGGAGCUCAAGGGUUCCAGCUGAUGACAUGGAUAUUUUCUCCAAAGCCCCAUUUGCCUCCAAGGGCAGUGUGGCUCCUUCCCAGCCAGAGGAGGCGGACGUGUUCUUGAGAGCUCCUUUUACCAAGAAGAAGAGCAUGGAGGAGUUAUCAGUUGCCCAGAGCGCCUCCCAGGAGUUGCCUGGGCAGGCCAGUCUCCUCAGUCAGACUGAUGAGGUCCCUUUGCUCCCAGGCCUUGAGAGAGCAGCGUAUGCCCCCGUCCGAGCUCAGUACUCCAUGGCUGCUUUCGUCCCGCAAUCUAACCCCCCCUCCCAUUCUGCACAAACAGCAGACCAUCCUGACAGCAUCUCUCCCAGGGGAUCCUCCCUGGAAUCUGGGGGCCAUCCUAAUGACAGAAACAAAGGACCUCAGCCCCAGAAAGAAGCUGUCUCAGGCCCCGUGGCUGGCAAACCAUUCCGCCCCCAGUCUUUAUCCAAAUAUUCCCGUCACUAUAGCCCAGAAGAUGAGUCAAGUCCAGAAGCCCAGCCCAUCGCUGCCUACAAAAUUGUUUCACAGACCAACAAACAGUCGAUAGCUGGCUCUGUUUCCAUCACAUCCCUUUCCUCCAGGACUACAGAGCUGCCAGCCGUGGAUCCAUUUGCUCUAGCACCCUUUCCUUCAAAAUCAGGCAAGCAGAAACCUUAGGAGCGAUACCUGAGCCUUCAGGCCUUUUGUCUUUACCACCUCCCCCCACCCCGCCCAGUACCUACCACAUCACUCCCAGCUGAGCCUGUCUCGGAAGAGAUACACCAGUUACUAUCUUUCAGUUCCAUAUAUCAGAGCAGAAUUUCUGCGGACAACAAACUCAGUUGCAGUGAUACUUAGUUGAAACCCCUUUAAGUUAUGCUCAUUUCUUUUGUUUAUAUUGAUUUCUGGACUUGCCCACAUUUCCAUCUCCACCUCUGCCCAGAACUCUGCUCUCUUUUUUUGCCCCAAGACUGUUUAAAUCCAGAAAUACUUCACCCCAACCCCAAAGGGGCCAUGUUACUGCAAUUUUUGUUUUCCUGCAGUUCCUGUUCUGAGUCUUACCCAUUGAGGACUCAAGAUUAGUCCCUUCAGGACUUGAUUUAAUUCUCUUGCAAAGGGAAUAUUUAUGGAAGGAAAUGCAAGAUAAAAAUCCUGCAAAUCAAGAGGAAGUGUAAUCCUGCAGAUACUAAUCAUUCCUGUAAAACCAGCAGCUCUACAGAGGAUUCUCUGGGUCUGUUGCGGAGUCUUUGCGAGCCAGGCUGGCCUCUCACACGAGUGUUUGUGGGUGUGUAACCUGUGUCAGACCCUUUCCUAUGUAGAAAUGCGAACAGAUGAGAUAUUUGUGCUCGUGUGGAACAGUAUUGAGCCUUCCCACGCCCAUGCUUUUUAAAUCACUAUGCACAGGUAUGUGUGCGUGUGUGUGUGUGUGUGCACGCACACAUGCAGGGAUCGGUUUUCCUUUAGGUAAAUCCUGUCUCACUAUGCCUACCUCCACAAUCACUCAUUUACUGGCAUUUGUCUCCUGACCUAACUGAGUUGAGCCCUGUUUUUACUUAGUUCUGUCUUGUGGCAAGAUUGAAUCCAUUGGAAGGUGUAGGAGAAUCCUGCUGAAACUGAGGUUUCACGGAGUAGAUGUUUUCCUCCAAAGUUUGCUAUUUGCUAUUAACAAAUUCUAUUUACAUGGUCUUAAAAAAUUAUGAUUUUUUUCCCUCAGAACAAUAGAAAAGAGUACCUUGUCCCAAUUCUAACCAUUGGGUAUGUGGUCUUAGUAAUAUUUUAAAGUACUUAAAAACCUUAGGUCUGAGCACUCCAUGCUGUCCUCAUGACAUUAACAUUAAUUAAUCAUGAGACUAGGCUACAAAUUAGAUUUGCAUACUUGUUUGUGUUUUCCAAUUCCUUGCUACCUUUCUCCACUGCCUCUUGAGGAAAAAUAAAUCUGAGACAUGUAAAUCAGUUUGAGAGAAGAGUAAAGAGCUGAAUCAGCUAUCCAUGAAAAUUUAAUUCUCUAUUCUCUGUAGAUGUCGAAGUAGGCCAGAUAGGUGACUGACUUGUGUUUUUGAAAUGUCUUCUAUUUCUGGAAAGAUCUGACUUAUUCCCAGCUGUUUCCAUUCCCCUUAUUAUUAGUGCCCUAAGGUGAAACUUGUGUCUCAAUGGGAAGAUCUCUGCUGAGAAGGUUCAAUUUAAUGGAAAGAGCUGCUGCACCAUAUUUCAACCUGAAAGCUUCCAGUGACUUGUAAUCGAUGUCAGUGAUGUCUCCAUUAGCUAGAAAAGUUGGGAGAGUUGCUUACCAAACCAGUAAGAAUUGGAAAUUCAUCCAAGGAUCAAGCCUGAAUGCCAAACUCUAUUGCAGUUGAUUAGGUGUCAUACUCUUUAAAUUUGAAAUUCAGGAAUCUUAGGGAUAGAAUAUGAACAGCAACUUUUCAAGACAUUUUCUAGUUUGGUCUCCACCUAUUUCAAACGUCCAGGUUAAAGGAUAAAUAACUGGCACUGGAUCAGGGCUAUCGGCAAUGGUUUUACAACUGAGAUUUCAACCACGCCAGUCUUUCACUUUGGUGAAUGUGAAAUGUUCCUUCUAAGAGUUUGCCUUUCUCCCCGUGAUUAUUUCUGAUUUUUUUUGUGUGUAACAGUGGAUGCAAAAUCAUCUUUCCAGUUGAAUAAACAGUUUGGGCUAAGGCAUAUGGAACUUUGCACCCCAGCCUCUUCCCUUGGCCAUUAUCAAGUAAAGCCCUCCAAGGCAGGCGCUAAGAGGAUAGGAAUAUUCAGGGAGAGUUCUCAUCCCAAGUCAGGAACUCUUCAAGUGGAAGGUCAUUGUCAUUCACUCUUCCAAAUACUCAGGAUUACCUCUGUAAUAGCCCUGCAAAAUGUCUUUCCUUUGGUUAUUUAAUCACUUCUUCAUAAUCAAGUAGCCAUUUUAGCCCUUGAGGUAAAAUCAAAAUCAUAGUGAUUUUAGCACACCGUUGAAUCAUUUGUCAAGCAUGGGCUUGUAACCCUUUUUUAUUCUCACUGGAGACCUAUGAUGGGUGGAGACUCUAAAUACAUUCUUUGAAUAGGAAGUGAACGUAAACACAUGCAAAUUACUUGUGUUCUUACUGAGUGAUGCAUGAAAAUUUUUGACUAUAUUACAUUAAUUAUUAGCUAAUGAUUAGUAAAUUCUGCACUGAUCUUUGGAUCAUAUAGGGUAAAUGCAUCAUUUAAAGAUAAAAUAUUCUUCCCAGAGGCCAUUCUGGAUCUGGAAUUCUAGAAAAUUUAGUGUUAAGGGAAUUAGGAGUGCUCAGGGUGCUUUGAAUUAGUAGCAAAUGCAUGUUUCCAACAACUAUACUGCAAUAAGUUAACAUUAAAGAGAAAAGAUAUAUAGUCAACAAAAUGCUACACCUUUUAGUUUUAUGUGUUACUUGCUUUACACAUCUGAUAGGGAAUGCAAGAACUUGUGACUUCAUUUCAGUGGAGCGCAAUGAGCCAGAAUAUAUUUAGAUACAAAGAAUUGAACCACAACAUGCACUGAUGAACUCUUUUAAAGAAUCUGUGUUAAAUGACUAACAGGCACUGUUGAAUUAAUGAAGUUAUAUUAUGUAUGGUGGAAAAUAUUUACCUGAAUAUUUACCAUAUAUUUAUCGUAGCUCACAUACGGCCCAUUAGCUCCCAGUUCUUGUUAGAUUGGAAGAUGGAAUGAACAAAACAAAAAUCUGCAGAAGCAGAUGCUGGGCAGGACCUAAGGGAAUCUAGGUCAUAAAUUCAGUUUCAUUUUGGGCUCAAUCAUUAUUGAGUUGAAAAUUUCAUAUGUGUAGAUGUGUGUACAUGUUCACGUGCCCACGUUAGGUCUGAGUUUAAUCUGGCAACCAACAUUUCUUGAAACUUUCGAGAACAAAUACCAGCAUCUUUUGGCCCAUUAUUUAUUAAGUUUUAGAGUACAUGCACAUCAGUGUUUUAAACCAUUUGGUGGACAUUUCACUGACUCGUAAAGUAGCAGAUUUCAGUUUUACUUAAAUGUAAUCACCAGAAUGCUCUGACAGUACAAAUUCAAUCAUGCUGAUAAAGAAAAAUCAUCAGAACAUAGGUCAUUUAAUAUGUAUGCAUUUUACCAAGUAGGAAUUUUUAUAGGAAACUGCAGAAGGGUGAGAUCCAACUCAUUCUCCAGACGGAAGGGUGCAACUUAAAAUGGAGUCACUUGGGUGCCUUUAAUAAAGAAAAUUGUUAUUCUCUGCUGUGUCUUUGGAACUGAAAUUGGAGAACACAUGCCAGUCAACUUUGGAAUGGCUGCUGGUCGCAUAGAUGCAGUUUUACCUGAGAAAUUUGGAACUCAGAUCAUUUUGAUAAAAGGUACAUAGGAGAGCCGCUGGAAAGACUGCGGCUUCUAAGGAGGUAGAAGCACUUUGUAAAAUGCCCAGAGUCACCCCUGGGUUCUAAUCCUCCAAUCCUGCCUGAUGGAGUAAACAUGAGGAUUUUAAAUGGAAUCAUGUAAUUUAAAUUCUUCGUUUUUCAAUGCCUUUGUCAACAACUACUUGUUUUGUUUUUUUAAACCGUCAGAACACUUGCAAACUUGUCAAGUUCACUUAAAAUAAAAAAAGUAGUAUCUGGUUGGGAA